CACUGUUUUACUUCAAGUGUUUUAUUACAAGCUUCCUGCAUGCCACCAGCUUGCUUUCAUAUAUGCUGACUCAAGAUCUCCAAGUUUAUUUUUCUAGCAUUGUUUCUACUACAGGUUUCCCUCAGGAGUCAUCAGACCUUCUACUUCUCCAUCUAGAGGGCUGACAAGAGAUCCCUUUAGACUCCUCCGCCCUGCCACAGAAGGGGAGGGUACCUUCACUCUGAAGAUUUAAAAGGGAACUCCCAAACCUGUAGGAGAUCUUGUAGCACGUUAUCCCAAGAAAAGAAGGCUGAAGAUUUGCCACUGAACAAAGUAUGAAGGGACUACGUAAACUGACAGCAAUUGCAACGGCACUGUUCCUGGCAGCGUUCUUGGUAUCUUUCUCCUGGAGUGCACCUCAGGCUUAUUUCCAAAGGAGGAACUGGACUCCUCAGGCUAUGCUGUAUUUGAAGGGUGCACAGGGACGUCGAUUCAUCUCAGAUGAGAGCCAACGAAACGAUCUGUAUGAAAGAAUGAAGCUUGAAACACGCAGCCAAAACACAAAUCCUUUAUCCCUUUCUGAAGCUGCUGCACUGUUCCUUAGUUCCUUACAGAAAGCACAAGAAAAAGUUGAAGAAGAAAACAGUGAUCACCCUGCCUACUUGACAGACAAGCUAUCAAAUUGGUGAAAUAUUUCAAAUUUGACAUUUGGAUUGCACAGACCCUGAAAUCAUGUCUUGUGUAAACAGAGUGUUUCAUCCAUCCUCACUUCAGUUCCCAAAGAGUGACGUAUAUAUGUGUUGCAAAAUUUUGAAUGCAAACAGGUUACACGUUACUGAUAAAGAUCAGAUAAAGGAGGUAUUUGUUAGGUUCUGCUUUGUUUAGACCAUUUUGUAUGUCCCACCUAGAAUUUAAAAUACAUUGUACCAUCUUACCUGAAAAGAUGAUUAAAACUAUCUUUUUGGACAA